CUAGCAUGAACAUUUAGUGAAGUUAGCGCACACUAAGCUAGCUGGCUACAGCCCCACUUCUUCUGAAAACUACAACCUACAGCACUUACUUAGCGUUUCGAAAAAGAGGUUAAAAUUUCACUGACAAGAUGUCAAAAAGUGAGCCUGAGGAGAUGAUUGAGAUCGAAAUUGAUGGACAUGAGAAACAAGAAUGCCUAGAAGAAGGGAUCGAGGAGCAGACCAUUACAUCAGCUGAGCUUAUCACACAGGACAUUGAUAUUAACGAGCCUGUUGGCAACUUGAAGAAGCUGCUGGAACCCCGUCUACAGAUUCCUCUGGAUGGAUAUGAUAUUUGUCUGCAGGACAUCCAGUUGCACCCUGACCACAGCCUUUUUGACCAAGGUGUAAAGACAGAUGGUACAGUCCAGCUCAGUGUGCAGAUUGUCACUAAACCAGGUGAAGAGAAGUUGAAUAUCCUGGAGAUAGUGAAGCCAGUGGAGACAGUGGAGGUGGUGAUCGACCCAGAUGCGGCCGCAGGAGAGGAGGCUCACCUGGUAGAGGAUGGACAGGUGAUAGCAGUGGAGCGUGCAACAAUUGCAGACGAAACUUCAGAACAGGUGACUCGAUGGGCAGCCGCACUGGAGGGAUAUCGCAAAGAGCAAGUCCGGUUGAGCAUCCCUUAUGAUCCUGUGCAGUGGACAGCAGACCAGGUGAUCCACUGGGCAAUAUGGGUGAUGAAGGAGUUCAACAUUGAGGAGAUGGAGGUGGGCGGCAUCCACAUUCCGGGUCGUCAGCUGUGCGCCUUCAGCCAGGAGGAAUUCCUCCAAAGAGUGCCUAAUGGAGAGAUCCUGUGGAGCCAUCUGGAACUGUUGCGCAAGUACGUUUUGGCGAGCCAAGAGCAGGGACAGGAAGCCACAGUCACGAUUGACCAGCCUGUGCAGAUUAUCCCCGCCCCUGUGCAACAGGCCACACCCACAGCCAUAAAGGUGCCGAAGCAUAACAAAAUGCCCAGAGCUCCUCGCAUCUCAGGAGAGGAACGCAGUUCCCCUGGCAACCGCACAGGUAAUAAUGGACAGAUCCAACUGUGGCAGUUCCUGCUCGAGCUGCUGACUGAUAAGGAUGCAAGGGACUGCAUCUCCUGGGUGGGAGAGGAGGGAGAAUUCAAACUCAACCAGCCAGAGCUGGUGGCUCAGAAAUGGGGCCAGCGCAAGAACAAGCCCACCAUGAAUUAUGAGAAACUCAGCAGAGCCCUCAGAUACUACUAUGAUGGUGACAUGAUCAGCAAAGUGCCGGGCAAGCGCUUCGUCUACAAGUUUGUGUGUGACCUGAGGACUCUGAUUGGCUACAGCGCAGCUGAACUCAACAACUUGGUGACGGAGUGCGAGCAGAAGAAACUAGCGCGGGUGCAGCUGCAUGGGAUCGGCCAGCCCGUCAACACUGUCACCCUGGCAACGGCUACUGGGCAACCUGUCACCACAGUCACCCUGGCCGCUGCUGCACUGGAGAAGGACAGCUGAGUGGGAAGGCUUGGGUACUCUAAGCUGGCCAGAAGUGGGACAUGGGAGAAGAGGAGGGGCAAAGGAAAGGACUUUGGGCAAGUGGGCUUAUGAGCUGGCAUGUGUGUAUGUGUGUUUUAAGAGUGUAUGUGUAUAUACAUGAAUGAGUGAAUGUUGAGGGACAAUAUAAGAAGUCCUGAGAGAGGGAGAGAUGAUGAAACUAUCAAUGACCAUGUAUGGGCUUUGAGUUUUUGUAUGCUUCUUCUCUGACUGCAGGGUAGCUUUGGCUGCAUUUCCAUUGUAUAUAUAUUCUAUGUUUUUUGAUAGCCAUGAGGGCAGCGUAUUUUGAUAUUUUCCAUUUGUAAAGGAUCUGUUGUUUUUUUAUUUUGAGGUUCUGAUUCCCUCAAGGUGAGGUACUUUUGGCUGUCCACCAGGGGGCAAUAAAGAGACAAUUGAUUUUUGAA